GACGGAAUUUGCUAUGUAAUUGCUAAUUCAUUUGUAUGUAGAUGUCUAUCGGGUUGGACAGGUGCAACAUGUCAAUUAUUUCAAGGUAUGAUCACAACAACUGCGCCUACUACACCAAGUGUUGGUAUUACAUGUGCAAAUAGGCCAUGUAUAAAUGGUGGAACAUGCUUUAAUAAUGGCGAUUCAUACUUCUGCUAUUGUGGACCAACCAAUACUUUCACGGGUACAAAUUGUGAAAUCAUCUCAUCAACAUUAGUACCUAAUUGUCCAUUAAACUGUGCACCUGGUUAUUGUGUACCUUCGGGUUCUACUACACAUCCAUAUGCUUGUAUGUGUCGUGGUACUCUGCAUCUGACAAGUUGUAAUUGA